AUGCCUUCCUCGUCUCGACGACGGCGAGAGGGUGCACUUGUCGCCUCGUCUCGGUCCCUGCGCAAGGCGCGCUACCUCCCCGCCGUCUCGUCGUCCUCCUCCACCGACGACGACCAUGGCGACGACGACGCUCUCGACCUCGACCCGUCCGCUGUCCCGCCUGAGGACCCGAUCGACCCGUUGCGCAGGGUCAACGUCAUGCUGCAGUUCCUCGGCGCAGGGGCUCUCGCGGUCGGCUCCGCGCUCCUCAUAUCGCUCUACGUGACGGGCCCGCCACGCCUCAACGAUAUGGCGACGAGCAGCACGGCUGUGCUGUUCAUGACGCUCUUCAUCGGCUGCCUCGCCGUCGUCCCGAGCUGGUCCGCCGCACUGCUCAUCCUUUUCCAGAAGAAGCCGGCCGAGGGCAUGCCGCCGCACAACCCGCGAUGGCUGCGCACGGCUGCCCUGCUCGCGUUUCUCAUAGCCAUGCUCUACGUCCUCGCCGGCAUCAUCCUCUUCGUCGUGCUCGAGCAAGAGUCGUCGUUCGUGUCGUUCUGCCUGCAGAAUAUCCCGUCGACAACGAAGGACAAUUGCGAGGAGCGCUACAACCGCGCGUGGUUGAUCCUGCUCGCCGUCGGGCUCGUCUUCUUUGUCCACAUCGCCCUGGGCUUCCCGGUCUACCGUUACACUCGAGGACCCGCUUACGCGUCACCGUCGUCGACGUCGCACGUCGCCCGACUCGUGUUCGGCGCCGCCGGCGGGCGAAGCGCAGGUCGUCCAGCACGGCGGCGCGAGGGCAGCUCGUUCAUGGUCGGCCAGAGCAGAAGCGCAGACGACUGA